AUGGCGACAACACUUGAAGUUGAAGCAGCCUCCCUGCAAAAGGAGCGUCGUCAACGCUUCCACGAGGCCGACGUCGUGGUUGUUGGCGCCGGCGUCUUCGGCUGCGCCGUUGCUUUCGCUCUCGCCAACCAGGGGCGGAGCGUCAUCCUCCUCGAGCGAUGGAUGCACGAGCCGGAUAGGAUAGUCGGCGAGCUGCUACAGCCAGGCGGGUGCGCGGCGCUACGGAAGCUCGGGCUCGGGCACUGUCUCGAGGGCAUCGACGCGGUGCCCUGCUACGGAUACCACAUUCUUUUCCACGGCGACGAGGUCGUGUUCCCAUACCCUGCGACAGACGAGCGGGGAGAGGUCGUGCUGGCGGAGAAGAAGAAGGCCGGCGAGGAAUACAAGAAGCCGGAGGGAAGGGGGUUCCACCAUGGACGGUUUAUAAUGCAGCUGCGGAAGAGCUGUCUUGGCCACCCCAACAUCUCAGUGUUCGAGACAGACGUCCAGAACACCAUAAUUGGCGAGCACGGCCCCGAGGUCUUGGGCGUGGAGAGCAGGACGACAGACCCUACGACCGGCGAGAAGAAGGCCGACUGCUACUUUGGCAAGCUGACCAUCAUCGCCGACGGCUACGCCUCCAAGUUCCGCAAGCAGUACAUUGGCAAGACGCCUGAGGUCAAGUCCAAGUUCUACGCCCUCGAGCUGAUCGACUGCCCCGUCCAGCCCGCAGGCUACGGCCACGUCGUCAUCGGCAAGACCUUCCCCGUGCUCCUCUACGCCAUCGGCAGCCACGAGACGCGCGCGCUGAUUGACGUCCCCAUCGACCUGCCGGCCGCGUCGCCCGAGAACGGCGGCGUGCGGGGCUACAUCAACAACGUCGUGCUGCCGACCCUCGCCAAGGAGCUGCGCCCGUGCUUCGAGGCCGCGCUGGCAGACGGCAAGAUCCCUAAGAGCAUGCCCAACAGCUGGCUGCCGCCGUCGCAGCAGUCAUCGAACCCGGGCGUGCUGGUGCUGGGCGACGCGAUGAACAUGCGGCACCCGUUGACGGGCGGCGGCAUGACCGUAGCGUUCAACGACGUGGUGGUGCUGUCGGGGCUGUUGGAGGGGGUGCACGACCUGGCCGACAGCGAGGCGGUGCGCGGUGUGAUGAAGCAGUUCCACUGGCAGCGCAAGAACCUGUCGUCCAUCAUCAACGUGCUGGCGAUGGCGCUGUACAGCCUGUUCGCUGCCGACAGCCGGCAGUUGCGCGCCCUGCGCCUGGGCUGCUUCGCCUACUUCCAGAGGGGCAUGACUGAAGAGCCCACCGGCCUGCUCGGCGGCCUUAUCCACCGCCCCUGGGUCCUCAUCAGCCACUUCUUCACCGUCGCCUUCCUCGCUAUUUGGCUCAACGCCCGCGAUGUCAUGGGCGGCGGCCCGCUUGGCUUCCUCAUGUUCCCCAUCGCCAUGCUCGACGCCGUGCUGAUCCUCUGGAAGGCUUGCGUGGUCUUCCUACCUAUCAUGUACCGGGAGGCGCUUUAG